AAAAUUUGAUGGCCGCUCACAAAGCCAUAUUAGCCGGAGCCAUUGCGUCAUUAUGACCAUCAAGAUCCACCCCCUUAUCCUCUCUUUCCUCUCUCUCAACUUUCCUCUAUAAAGAACCCCAAACCACAAUUUCAUUGCAGGAAAAAACCCAAGAAAAUAAAAACUUCCUCUUAUCUUCUCUCUGCGUUUCGUUCCCCUUCCCUCUCUUAGUAACAGUCGUACGUGUUGAGGUCCAACAAAACGAAACAACAAAAACAAAAAAAUUGUUUUGAUUUUAGGCCUCUUACGGUUGUUACACGAGAAAAUCUGAUUUCUCUUGUAAUGGGAUUUCUCCAUAAGCUUUGGGACGAAACGCUUGCUGGACCCAUGCCGGACACUGGGCUUGGCAAACUUCGAAAGUAUAAUUCAUUCCCUGUACGAUUAUCACCUCCUGUUAAUGCUUCUUCAGCUAAUAGCAAUGGGGAGAUGAACGUAACUCGAAGCAUUACUAUUAUUAGAACAAACAGUUCCAAUUUGAGGAACCUUUCAGUGGAUCCUGGUUCAGCUCCUGAGUCGCCUGCUCCACCUAGCACUCCUGGGACACCUCUAACACUGCGUUGUAAGCUUGGCCGGUGUGUAUUUAUGCUAAUUUGGGCCUUUGGUCAUGUAUGCAUGCAGCUGGGACACCGCGCGGGGAUUUCAGAAGAAUGACAAGCAGAAAAUCGUCAGUUUGAAGCAUCAGAAAGCGCCGAGCCUAGAAGUCUGACUGUUCACGAUUGGUUCUCUCUCAGUUUAUACACUUGAAAUAACUUAUUCACUUGUUUAUGGAUCGUCUCUAAUGUUUGCCGAUAAGUUUGUUUUGCAGAAUAGUGAAAAAUGCUUUGGAUCGUUGACAGAGGAAGUGGCCAUUUUGCUCGAGAUCUAUCGGCAACAAUAAACCUUUGUGUGUGUAUAUGUGUAUGUGUGUGUGUAUGACCUAAUCUGGUAAUUAUUAUUAAUAAGACGGUUAUUAAUUCUCAUAGAAGGAGCCGCCACUGCUUCUUGGAGUUUCCUGGAGAGGAGAUGAGUCGGAAAACAGGAUAUCUGAUGAUUUUGCUCAUGUCGGAAAUUUUUUUUUUGUUUUUUUUUUUUAAUGUAAAUGUCGUCUUUUUCUUCCUUGGUUUUGUCCUGGUAUAUAUGAAGGUUGUAUAUUGCCCUCUCAUGAUCAAUGACUGAGACUUACUGAAGCACUGAAAAAUAAAUAAAUGUCCCGUUUCAAUCUUUAA